AUGUUAUUGUGUAAAUUUUACCCUUCACGAGUUCCGUUAUUCGCCGUUUUCCACGCAAUAUUUUGGUUGCCCAUGAUAUAUGUUGUCGCGAUUUCCCAUGAUCAUGUACAGCCAUUUGUUCCAUUUGUAAGUUCAUUCGGAAUCUAUUCACCGGAAAAAUACAUGAUAAUGUGUUUUCUGGGUUCAUAUGGAGUAAUGACAAUUAUAAGUCAGUGGUUUUGGUGCUUAAUGAUGAUAAAUAAACUCAAACAAAAAUCCCGGUCCGGAAUUCGUCCAUGUAUAUGCAUCUUCGUUGGAUUGGUUUAUACGAUAUCAGGAAUUUGCAUUGUUCUGUUAUCAUUCUUCAAUAUGAAAGAUACUAAUCAACUACAUUUCCAUUUGACGUUGAGUAAUUUUAUUUGCCAUGCGGUCGCUAUUCCAUUGAGUUCUUUACUUAUCGUUUGUAAUUUUCGUCUAUGGAAAUGGUUUCUACUUGCUAGAACUAUUGUUUCUCUUCAAAUGAUUAUCGGAUCGUUUUCUUUUGUUUAUUUCAAUCAAGCUGGUCUACUAGUAUUGCAGGCAAAAAACAUGUUUUACAUCAAGGAAAACGAACCGGGUUACAAGGAAUUCAAUCAAUGUGCAAUCAGCGAAUGGUUCGUGAUAUUAGGAUUAAUAGAAAUCACUUUGAUAACUGGCUUAGAAUUAAGAACUUAUGAAAACCAGUAUGAGGAAAUCAAUAAAACCGUGUGA